AUGAGAGUAUGCAAGCCACAGGGAUCCAGUGCGAGUGCAACCACUGGAACAGCAACACGCCUCCCCCACCAACCCGCUACCUGCACUGCUUCUCGCAGAAGUUCUUUUCCUUGCGGCACUCACAGCUGCCCCGCGCGCACUCCCCCGCACACGCACAUGGAGUGUAUGCCUCCUGCCAGGCACGGGGGGCCACGGGGGGCACAAAGGGCGGGCGGAAGGAUGGGGUGCAUCAAGUGUGCACAGGGCAUUGGGAUUCAGCGAUGUGUGGGGUUGAAGCACUGCUGCAAACACCGCCACACACCUCCCAGCAGCGCUGCACUCAUCACUCUGAUGGCUGCACUCACCACUCUGCCGGCUGCACUCACCACUCUGCCGGCUGCACUCACCACUCUGCCUGCAGCACUCACGAGUUGGCAGGGGGGAAUGUGUGACCGCUGCUGCAGCAGCGCCUUCACGGCAGCAGAGGAUGGCGCCACCGGCGCUGGCGGGUGCAGGCAGCACUCUUGGCGCAGCGGGGUGCGAGGCACACCCGGGCGUGUGCCAGCUGAAUGGACGCACGAUAGGAAUGCACGUGCAAGGGCAGAUAGGAAUGCACGUGCAAGGGAAGAUAGGAAUGCACGUGCAAGGGAAGAUAGGAAUGCACGUGCAAGGGAAGAUAGGAAUGCACGUGCAAGGGCAGAUAGGAAUGCGCGUGCAAGGGAAGAUAGGAAUGCACGUGCAAGGGCAGAUAGGAAUGCACGUGCAAGGGAAGAUAGGAAUGCACGUGCAAGGGAAGAUAGGAAUGCACGUGCAAGGGAAGAUAGGAAUGCACGUGCAAGGGAAGAUAGGAAUGCACGUGCAAGGGAAGAUAGGAAUGCACGUGCAAGGGCAGAUAGGAAUGCACGUGCAAGGGAAGAUAGGAAUGCACGUGCAAGGGAAGAUAGGAAUGCACGUGCAAGGGAAGAUAGGAAUGCACGUGCAAGGGAAGAUAGGAAUGCACGUGCAAGGGAAGAUAGGAAUGCACGUGCAAGGGAAGAUAGGAAUGCACGUGCAAGGGAAGAUAGGAAUGCACGUGCAAGGGAAGAUAGGAAUGCACGUGCAAGGGAAGAUAGGAAUGCACGUGCAAGGGCAGAUAGGAAUGCACGUGCAAGGGAAGAUAGGAAUGCACGUGCAAGGGAAGAUAGGAAUGCACGUGCAAGGGAAGAUAGGAAUGCACGUGCAAGGGAAGAUAGGAAUGCAAGUGCAAGGGAAGAUAGGAAUGCACGUGCAAGGGAAGAUAGGAAUGCACGUGCAAGGGAAGAUAGGAAUGCACGUGCAAGGGCAGAUAGGAAUGCACGUGCAAGGGAAGAUAGGAAUGCACGUGCAAGGGAAGAUAGGAAUGCACGUGCAAGGGAAGAUAGGAAUGCACGUGCAAGGGAAGAUAGGAAUGCACGUGCAAGGGAAGAUAGGAAUGCACGUGCAAGGGCAGAUAGGAAUGCACGUGCAAGGGAAGAUAGGAAUGCACGUGCAAGGGAAGAUAGGAAUGCACGUGCAAGGGAAGAUAGGAAUGCACGUGCAAGGGAAGAUAGGAAUGCACGUGCAAGGGCAGAUAGGAAUGCACGUGCAAGGGAAGAUAGGAAUGCACGUGCAAGGGAAGAUAGGAAUGCACGUGCAAGGGAAGAUAGGAAUGCACGUGCAAGGGAAGAUAGGAAUGCACGUGCAAGGGAAGAUAGGAAUGCACGUGCAAGGGCAGAUAGGAAUGCACGUGCAAGGGAAGAUAGGAAUGCACGUGCAAGGGAAGAUAGGAAUGCACGUGCAAGGGAAGAUAGGAAUGCACGUGCAAGGGAAGAUAGGAAUGCACGUGCAAGGGAAGAUAGGAAUGCACGUGCAAGGGAAGAUAGGAAUGCACGUGCAAGGGAAGAUAGGAAUGCACGUGCAAGGGCAGAUAGGAAUGCACGUGCAAGGGAAGAUAGGAAUGCACGUGCAAGGGAAGAUAGGAAUGCACGUGCAAGGGAAGAUAGGAAUGCACGUGCAAGGGAAGAUAGGAAUGCAAGUGCAAGGGAAGAUAGGAAUGCACGUGCAAGGGAAGAUAGGAAUGCACGUGCAAGGGAAGAUAGGAAUGCACGUGCAAGGGCAGAUAGGAAUGCACGUGCAAGGGAAGAUAGGAAUGCACGUGCAAGGGAAGAUAGGAAUGCACGUGCAAGGGAAGAUAGGAAUGCACGUGCAAGGGAAGAUAGGAAUGCACGUGCAAGGGAAGAUAGGAAUGCACGUGCAAGGGCAGAUAGGAAUGCACGUGCAAGGGAAGAUAGGAAUGCACGUGCAAGGGAAGAUAGGAAUGCACGUGCAAGGGAAGAUAGGAAUGCACGUGCAAGGGAAGAUAGGAAUGCACGUGCAAGGGCAGAUAGGAAUGCACGUGCAAGGGAAGAUAGGAAUGCACGUGCAAGGGAAGAUAGGAAUGCACGUGCAAGGGAAGAUAGGAAUGCACGUGCAAGGGAAGAUAGGAAUGCAAGUGCAAGGGAAGAUAGGAAUGCACGUGCAAGGGAAGAUAGGAAUGCACGUGCAAGGGAAGAUAGGAAUGCACGUGCAAGGGCAGAUAGGAAUGCACGUGCAAGGGAAGAUAGGAAUGCACGUGCAAGGGCAGAUAGGAAUGCACGUGCAAGGGAAGAUAGGAAUGCACGUGCAAGGGAAGAUAGGAAUGCACGUGCAAGGGAAGAUAGGAAUGCACGUGCAAGGGAAGAUAGGAAUGCACGUGCAAGGGCAGAUAGGAAUGCGCGUGCAAGGGAAGAUAGGAAUGCACGUGCAAGGGCAGAUAGGAAUGCACGUGCAAGAGAAGAUAGGAAUGCACGUGCAAGGGAAGAUAGGAAUGCACGUGCAAGGGAAGAUAGGAAUGCACGUGCAAGGGAAGAUAGGAAUGCACGUGCAAGGGAAGAUAGGAAUGCACGUGCAAGGGCAGAUAGGAAUGCACGUGCAAGGGAAGAUAGGAAUGCACGUGCAAGGGAAGAUAGGAAUGCACGUGCAAGGGAAGAUAGGAAUGCACGUGCAAGGGAAGAUAGGAAUGCACGUGCAAGGGAAGAUAGGAAUGCACGUGCAAGGGAAGAUAGGAAUGCACGUGCAAGGGAAGAUAGGAAUGCACGUGCAAGGGAAGAUAGGAAUGCACGUGCAAGGGAAGAUAGGAAUGCACGUGCAAGGGCAGAUAGGAAUGCACGUGCAAGGGAAGAUAGGAAUGCACGUGCAAGGGAAGAUAGGAAUGCACGUGCAAGGGAAGAUAGGAAUGCACGUGCAAGGGAAGAUAGGAAUGCACGUGCAAGGGAAGAUAGGAAUGCACGUGCAAGGGAAGAUAGGAAUGCACGUGCCUGCUGUAGUCAAAGAUUUGGAAUGCAAUUUGAAGCAUCAACUUGUCAUCGUCGCUCCAACUGCCCUCGUGGAUGGCAGCACGGCCUCCCUGCAGCCCAUGAGAGGCAUGGGCGAGGCAAGGGCGAGGAGGAUGGUGGAGCGACACAUGGCAGACGAUGGGGUGCAGUGAAUGCAGAGCAGCAGCACAGUGCAGAGACUGUGACAGAGCGAGGAGGAACGGAAAGCAGUGGAUGGUGCAGACGACUGAGCGAAAUUCACAAUAGCAAUGACAGAUGGCAGAUGGCCUACCAGCAUGUGGCAGAUGGCAUACCAGCACGUGGCAGAUGGCAUACCAGCACGUGGCAGAUGGCAUACCAGCACGUGGCAGAUGGCAUACCAGCACGUGGCAGAUGGCAUACCAGCAUGUGGCAGAUGGCAUACCAGCACGUGGCAGAUGGCAUACCAGCACGUGGCAGAUGGCAUACCAGCACGUGGCAGUGCGGGCUACAGGCCACAGCGGGUGGUUGGGGUGGCGGCGAGGGAGGGCUGAAGGGCGCCGUGAGGUCCUGCCAAGCCAACCAGCACAGCACAGCACAGCCAUGGGGGUGGGCGCGUGGGUCGGUUGUGAGAACCCCAGGCGUGCUUUGGAUGCCUCAUACGAAAGGCGAGGGCGGUGGAGUGGAAAGACGUAACUGGCAACUCGUGCACAGUGGAGAGGGCAGCAAGGGAGGGCGGCAGGGGAAGGGCGGCAGGGGAGGGUGGCAGGGGAGGGGGUGGGCGGCAAGUGAGGGCGGCAGGGGUGGGCGGCAGGGGUGGGCAGCAGGGGAGGGCACCUUAAAUGUGGUGUUGGGGAUGUUGUCGUGCCGCUGA